ACCAAGUGCAAGAAUCCGGGCCACGUUGCGCUCACGUUUGACGACGGGCCGCUGUACGGCAGCAAGGCGGCGCAGACGAUCGCCAACGCCGGCGGGCGCGGCACCUUCUUCGUCAACGGCAACAACUAUGGGUGCAUCUACGACCGCGCCGACCAGAUCAAGGCGGCGUACGCGCAGGGGCACACGAUCGGGUCGCACACGUGGAGCCACGUCGACAUUACCAAGAUCACGGCGAGUCAGCUCAACAAGCAGCUCGACCUCGUCGAGGGCGCGCUUAAGAAGAUCAUUGGCGUCAAGCCGCGCUUCUUCCGGCCGCCUUACGGCGCCGUCAACGACGCCCAGGUCAAGGUCCUCCAGCAGCGUGGCUACACUGUCGUCAACUGGAACUUUGACUCGGGCGACACGAGCGGCAAGAGCGCGAGCGACUCGAUUGCGGCGUACAAGAAGCUGUCGUACCCGACCUCGUACAUCGCGCUCAACCACGAGACCUACAAGACGACCGUCGACACCGUCAUCCCCGCCGUCGUGCCCGCCCUCAAAGCCAAAGGUUUCAAGCUCGUCUCGAUGGCCGAGUGCCUCGGCCAGUCGGCGUACCAGUCGACGGGCUCGGCGGGCAAGCGCGACAGCUCGUGGACGUGCAGCGGCACGCCGGCGCCG